CGGAUGAGGAAAUGAAAGCUCCAACAGCUUUGAGUGGAGAGCCUUGGAAGAAGGUAACAAAAGCAAUUCCAGCUAAAGUGUUGCCUGAAGAAGGAAUUUGGGAAAAUGAAUGUCAGGAAGACAUAAGUGAAGUGAGCUGUAUCAAGCCAUGCAGAAGUGAUACCUCUAUGUUAAACCCUGACUGUGAUUUCUUUCCAGAUAGCAGCAGCUUUGAGGAAAAGAGUGUGAGAAAGGCUGGCUAUGCUGUUGUGACUUUGUCUAAAACUGUUGUGCUAACUGUUGAAGCAAGUGCCCUGUCAGCAGAGAUUUCAGCUCAAAAAGCGGAGCGGAAGGCUUUAAGCAGAGCAAUGGAAUUGGCUGAAGGUCAAAGGGUAAAAGGUUUCACAGAAAGCAAAUAUGUUUUUCCUAUGAUGUUGCCUGUGCGAGGACACAUAUGGAACAACAGUGCUGUGAUGUACCGAGAUCGGGGAAAGAGAGGAAAGAGAAUUCUUCUCCUCCUGGAGGCAGAAUGGAAGCCCAAAGGAGAGGUCCAGUGCAGAGUGCACCAGGAAGGUGCUUCACCAGAGGUAUGUGCAGAAAAACUCUACCUCAGGCAGUGGACAUCAGAACCACUCCAGCAAAAGUGGAUGGCUCCAGGUUUUGCUAACUAUAAUUGCAGCGUUUAA